UCCCUCUACUUUCUCAUCAAGUUGAAACUUUUUAAAUUUCAUUUAAAUUUUUUUUCACUAUAGGUCUUAUAGAGACUAAUUGGAAAAACAAACACGAGGUUUUAUUAGGAGUGGUUACCCUUAUAAACACACAAAGUUUCUGAUAACUACAAGAGUGCCAGUAAGUAUACUUGUUUCAUUUGGAUGUUCCUUGAUUUCAACAACCCCUCAUAAUAUUUUAGAUACCCAUGUAAUAUAGCUAAUAACUUCAGAAGUAGAGAGAUGCCCAUUUCAAUUGUAUCGAACUAAGAAUAUCAUGAUGCUAUUUUUCUAUGACCUGAUGUAAGAAGUCAAAAUCAAUAAUAUAAACGGGGUAUUCAGGCUUAGUAUACCGAGUCAGUAUGAAUCUAGUAGUAAACACUAAUGGAUGCGCAAUUAGGAUUCUAAUAUUUACAUCUGAUCAGUACUAUAGUUGCAUCGCAGCAGCGUAUUUUCUAUCCUGAAAAGGUACACAUGACCUCUUCAUACUUUAAGGAAUUCUGAAUAUCUAACACAUCAAAUCUAAAGGUUUGACCUCUGUUAUUGUUGUACAGAGUGAUACCUGGAGGGUUGUACAUUAUGAACUCACAAAAAUAUUGUAUACAAAGAAAUUGUGAAGCUGUUAUGCUCUAUAUUUCUUCAACACUUCCCUAAGUACACCAUGUUGGGCUACAAUUCUAUCACUCUUUUUUAAGACUUUCAAGAGGGCCUACUGAUGAUUAGUGUUAAAAUGACGGUUCUCUUGGAUUUUAUUUUAGGAACUUCGACCGAUAAUCUGAAUGCAUCUAAAUGAAAGAUUUUGAUACAGGAUGCGUCACUAUCAGGAGUUUACACACUGAAAUGAUUUAAUGGAUCAAACCGGUUAUGAAAAAGGCUUUGUAGCAUUGAGUUCAACCCAGCACGCGUGAUAUGUACUUGCCGCACUAGAACGACCGCCCUCAGAAUUGAUAAGGAUAACAAAACAACAUUUGAGAAACAUCUGUGUGUAUUCCCAUGAGCGUGUACGGGUGGGAUUGUACAUCACUUCAUUUUAAUUCUAUUCCGAUAAGUCAAAUCCAAUUUGUCGACGGUUCUCUUCUCUCUUUCCUUUCUAAAGAUCGCUUUACAGCUAGAAAGCCUAUUAAUGCUAAACAGCACACUUAUAUGAUAAAGCUUUCAACAAGGUCUAUUCGUGGAUCUGGAAGAAAGCCAUCAUCGCGGUAUUUGUUCAUAUGGAGCGUUUUAUCACGGAGGAGUGUGAAUCUUUUAGGACGAUGAGUGUAUUUUACACGAGGUUUUUCCUUCCUAAUGCCAGAAUCCACGCGUAUUUCAUAGAAAAAUGAAGGGCUGAUAUUAGACAAACCCGUAAUUUAAUCGCCAAUUAGCACAAUUUAGCGGGCAAUCGGAAGUCUUGCAAGGAAAUGUUAAAUAUUCAAUCUGAGAGGGUAGAUCAGACAUCAGAGGAAGGGGUAUCGUAAAGGCCUUGUAUGCUUCAAGUUGAGGCUGUCUGCGUGAAGAGCAUGAUAUUACGCAGUUGAAUGAUGACAUGUUCUAAUGUAUCUAUUAACGGAUAGCUUGUUCUUAACUAUAGUUCAUAACCAUCAUAUUUCUCUUAUUAUUGAUAUCAGUCCAUUUUUAUUAUCAAUCGUUCCUACUGAAUGACAUUAACUGUCUCAAUUCUUAGAAGUUUACCGUUGCUUUUAUCAAGCUCUACGUUAAAUAACAGUACUCAUGCUUAUUGAUGCCCAUAUGGUUUAUUUGUUUAACAGAGAAAACAGAAACACAUUUUUUAUUUUUCAUAUUAACUAAAGUUGCAGAUAAAAAAGCUUUAAAUAAAGGAAACCCCAAUUAAAUAAAUAGUGAGUUAAAUACACAAUCUACCGUUUGUUAUCUUGUACUAUUUUGUUAUCGCAAAAUGUUUAAAAAUUCACUUGUAAGUUCUAAUUUAUUGCCAUUUCAUUAUUAUUCUAGAAAAAACGUAUAACAAAGUUUCUAUUUUUUUCCUAUUUUCACCAAUUACAUUCCAUUAAGUUGAUUCGCUCGAGAUUAGGUACCCAAAUGUACUUUAACAUAUUUUCUGCAUUUCCUUUCCUUGUAUUUUUUUUGCCAUGUUGUAUUAUGAAUCUGUUUUUUUAAUACUUUUGAAGAAAAAACAUUCUCUGUUUUAAAUUUUCCCUCUAA